GUGCUUGAAGCUUUUAGAUUCAGUCCCGGACGAGAUUUAGCAACGUGCGCUUGGGUUUCAUCAGCAGCUCAGCCCUCCAGCUGGUGGCGAACGCGUGCAGCUCGCAACGUGAAAAAAGCAACGAUUAUAUAUGGGCAGAUAGCGGAUGAGAUGUACGUUAGCAAAAAACACGCUAAAUAAAUAAUUUGUUAAUCAGGCGAAACUGUCGCGUAAGCGCGUGUGUUGCUCAACAAAUAGUUCAAGUUUAAGUUGUGAAAGAAAUUCGCUGUGUACUUGUAUCUAUAACACCAAAGCAUAAAUUUGAUUACAAUGUUAAGCACAGGCCGAAUGUAAAAACUUGGGGGCCAGCGCACACACGCUAAGCGCGUCAGAGCGUUGACGGAGGCGUCGACGCCAACGUUGGCGCAGCAGCCCGCAUUGUGUAUAAUAAAAUUUGCACAGCAGCAAAAAAUCGGAAUGAAUAGAGCCGAGCAGCGACGUUGACGCAGCAGCGAGGCUGAUGCCAAGAAGAGAUGUGCGCGCACAAUACGAAAAAUUACAAAGCAGACUUUUGGGAGCGGCAAAUGGCCAAAAUCAGCAGCAGCAGCAGCAGCAGCCAGCAGUAUCCCGCAGCAGCAGCAGCAGCAACAACAACAAUGUCAACGCUACAACGGACGCUGAGUGCUCGCAACUGAAUAACAUAGUGGUGGGAGUUGAAGCACAUAUACAAACCAAGUGCCAAACCGAUAGAGCGGGCGAGAGAAAGAGAGAGAGGGAGUGCGAGAGUCUGAUAGAGAGUACGAAAGCACGAGAGCUUGCGCCGCAACGUAAGCGCCCAUGGCCUGUACGAAAAUGCUCAGAAGUCCGACGACAGCGCUAGCGCGUGGGUGCAACAAGGAUAAGCGGCAUCAGCAUCAGCAUCAGCAGCAGAAGCAGCAGCAGAAGCAGCAGCAGCAACAGCAGCAGCAAGACGACCGCCUGACCAUUUAGAAAUCACAACUCAAGUAAGCAAAACGAGGCCAGGCACAUCUUGUGCACAAUCUAUAGUGCAUUCUCAGGCGAGUGAGCAAAUUCAAAUCAAAGCAAAUCGAAUAUCUCGCAUACGCCAUGGAGCCAGUCAUGAGCCUGACACUGGCCGCCCAUGGGCCGCCCAGCAUACUGGAGCCGUUGUUUAAAACCGUAACUACGAGCACAAGUACAACAACAAGCACGACGGCUGCCACGACGAGCAGCAGCAGCAGCCCCACCAUCAGCCCCACCAUAACCACCAGCAGCACCCUGCUGACGGCUCUGCUUGAGAACCUGACCUCAACGGCGGCGAGUGGCCUCUACGAUCCAUAUGGGAACCACUCGAACUCCAGCCUGGGCUUUGAGACGAAGGGGCCGAGGUACUCAGUGGCCUCGAUGCUUGUUAUGGGCUUCGUAGCGGCGAUUCUGAGCGCGGUGACAGUUGCGGGCAACCUCAUGGUGAUGAUCUCGUUCAAGAUCGACAAGCAGCUGCAGACGAUCAGCAACUACUUCCUCUUCUCGCUGGCCAUCGCGGACUUCGCGAUCGGCGCCAUCUCGAUGCCGCUCUUUGCGGUCACCACGAUACUGGGCUACUGGCCGCUGGGGCCGCACGUGUGCGACACCUGGCUGGCCCUCGACUACCUGGCCUCGAACGCCUCCGUGCUGAACCUGCUCAUCAUCAGCUUCGACCGGUACUUCAGUGUCACCCGGCCGCUGACAUAUCGCGCUAAGCGCACGACCAACAAGGCGGCCGUCAUGAUCGGCGCUGCCUGGGGCAUCAGCUUGCUGCUAUGGCCGCCCUGGAUCUACAGCUGGCCCUACAUCGAGGGCAAGCGCACUGUGCCCAAGGACGAGUGCUACAUCCAGUUCAUUGAGACGAACCAGUACAUCACUUUCGGCACUGCGCUGGCUGCGUUCUACUUUCCCGUUACGAUCAUGUGCUUCCUCUACUUCCGCAUCUGGCGGGAGACGAAGAAGCGCCAGAAGGAUCUGCCCAAUUUGCAGGCCGGCAAGAAGGACUCUAGUAAGCGAUCCAAUAGCAGCGACGAAAAUACCGUGGUGAAUCACACAUCGGGGGGCCUCCUGGGGUUCGGCCAGCUGGGCGGCAAUGAUCAUGAUACGUGGCGACGGCCGCGCUCCGAGAGCUCGGCGGAUGCGGAAAGCGUCUACAUGACAAACAUGGUCAUCGACUCGGGAUAUCACGGCAUGCACUCGCGCAAGUCGAGCAUCAAGAGCACCAAUACAAUCAAAAAGCCAUAUUCUUGCUUUGGCAGCAUCAAGGAGUGGUGCAUCGCGUGGUGGCACUCGGGCCGCGAAGACUCCGACGAUUUUGCCUACGAGCAGGAGGAGCCAUCUGAUUUAGGGUAUGCAACACCAGUAACAAUUGAAACUCCUUUACAAAGCUCCGUCUCCAGAUGCACCUCGAUGAACGUCAUGCGGGACAACUACUCGAUGGGCGGCAGCGUGAGCGGGGUGCGGCCGCCGAGCAUAAUGCUGGCGGAUGUGUCGCCGACGCCGCUGCGCCCGCCACUCAAUUCCAUUUCGCAGAUGCAGAUGCAGGAAAUGAACGCGACCGGCAAUGGCAACAACGGCAAUGUCAACAUCAACAUCAGCAUCAAUGCCGGCAAUGGAGCUGGGGGCGGCGGCGGGUGUGGCGGUGCCGCGCUCAGCAACAACAACAAUCUGAACGGUGGCAGCGCCAACAGCAACCCGAGCGCCAAUGCGCUGCGUGACUCACGAGCGCUGCCCGUGAGCAAUCGCAUCGGGUCGCGCUCGGUUAGCCAGGACUCGGUCUACACAAUACUCAUCCGGCUGCCGCCAGAUGGCGCCAGCUCGGCGACCGGCAGCAGCGGAGCGGGCGGCGUCAACAACGCCCUGGGCAACCAGGGCGUCCAUGGCGAUUGCGGGCCCUCCAUCAAGAUGAUACACGAGGAUGUCUCGACGGUGGGGGCGGGCAGCAUAGGCGUGGUCACGACAGCCCCACCGCCCACGCGCCGACCCUUGCCGUCGCGUGACUCGGAGUUCAGCCUGCCGUUGGGCAGGCGGAUGUCGCACGCCCCCCAGGACAUGCGGCUGCUGAAUGCGAAGGUCAUACCGAAGCAGCUGGGUAAGACGGCAGGGCAGAAUGCGCUGCUGAACGCGCGCAACGCGGCCAAGAAGAAGAAAAAGUCGCAGGAGAAGCGGCAGGAGUCGAAGGCGGCCAAAACACUGUCGGCCAUCCUGCUCAGCUUCAUCAUAACGUGGACGCCGUACAACAUUCUAGUCCUGAUCAAGCCGCUCACCACCUGCUCCGACUGCAUUCCCACCGAGCUGUGGGACUUCUUCUACGCCCUGUGCUACAUCAACUCAACCAUCAAUCCCAUGUGCUACGCGCUCUGCAACGCCUCCUUCCGGCGCACCUACAUUCGCAUCCUCACCUGCAAAUGGCAGUCGCGUAAUCGCGAGGGCAUGGUCAGAGGCGUGUACAACUAGGGCGGCGUAACGCCUAAAGUUGGUCAGUUAUAAGGAUUCAGUUCAUAAAAGUUACAAUAAAUGUGUUAGGCCAAAAAUUAUAUUAAAAAAAAACAGAAGCCAAAACCAAAAUCCAAUAAAUGGGAAAUAUUAGCAAUAGCAAAAACCAAAACUAGGCUUAGGUAACACUCUGACAAGCAGUACUGAUUUUUGAUGUCUAGCCAACAAUAUAUAAAUAUAUUGAUGAUAGUAUUACAAACAAAUAUUUGAAUAUAUAUAUAUAUAUGAUGAUGCUUAAAUAUAUAUGUAUGUGUCAUUACGAUUUGUCUGCUCAAUAAGUUUUCCAUCGUUCACAAUAAAUCCAAUUAGGACCAUAUGAUUGAUGAUAAAUGUCUAUUAGUUUUUCAAAUAUUGCUUAAAUAGAGUUGAUACUGUUAUCCACCUUACGUUCAAUUUCGAUGAAGAGUGUAACACUUUCAGUAAUCUUAAUAUGCGUGUGGUUUGACCGAAAUUAGCUCCAAAUAGAUGUUUCAUUCAAGGGUCUUUGUAUGUCUUAUAUACCAUAAAUUGACAAUUUACAGAAAGUCGUCUUCCAUUUCAAAAAUGUUCGCAAAUAAUUUUCAGUACCAAAACAUUCAUAAAUUAACUGAAGAAAUCAAGAUUCGACUCAUACUCAAGCAUUAAUGGAAACUUAUUGAGCAGCCCUCGAGGCUAUUACUGUAGCAACCACAUCAUAUUGGAACGCUUUUUGUUGGGCGUUCAGUUUUAGGUAGGCACGUGCUCCAUGCAACAAGAAUUUAAUACAAAUAUAACCGAUUACGAUUUGGAAUAUAUUAUAAAACUAUCACAUAUACAUAUGCAUG